AUGGCUUUGCCCAGCGCCGAGGGUGCGGCCGACACGCCGGUGUCAGCGGCCCGGGGCGCCCGGGCCGGCUCCGCGUCGUCGUCGUCCGGCUCCUCCGGCGGCUCGGCCUCGGCGGGCCCCGGGCUGUGGGCCGCGCUCUACGACUACGAGGCGCGCGGCGAGGACGAGCUGAGCCUGCGGCGCGGCCAGCUGGUGGAGGUGCUGUCGCAGGACGCCGCCGUGUCGGGCGACGAGGGCUGGUGGGCCGGCAAGGUGCAGCGGCGCCUCGGCAUCUUCCCCGCCAACUACGUGGCGCCGUGCAGCCCGGCCGCCCGCUCCGCGCCGCCGCCCGCGCCGCCGCCGCCACCGCGGCCCGACUCGCCCGUGCACGUCGACUUCGAGCUGCUGGAGCUCAAGGAGCUCAUCGGCGCCGGCGGCUUCGGACAGGUGUACCGCGCCACCUGGCAGGGUCAGGAGGUGGCGGUGAAGGCGGCGCGCCGCGACCCGGAGCAGGACGCCGCGGCGGCGGCUGAGAGCGUGCGGCGGGAGGCGCGGCUCUUCUCCAUGCUGCGGCACCCCAACAUCAUCGAACUGCGCGGCGUGUGCCUGCGGCAGCCGCACCUCUGCCUGGUGCUGGAGUUCGCCCGCGGCGGCGCGCUCAACCGCGCGCUGGCCGCCGCCAACGCCGCCUCGGACCCCUGCGCGCCGGGCCCGCGCCGCGCGCGCCGCAUCCCCCCGCACGUGCUGGUCAACUGGGCAGUGCAGAUCGCGCGGGGCAUGCUGUACCUGCACGAGGAGGCCUUCGUGCCCAUCCUGCACCGGGACCUCAAGUCCAGCAACAUCUUGCUGCUGGAGAAGAUAGAGCAUGAUGACAUCUGCAAUAAAACGUUGAAGAUCACAGAUUUCGGGCUAGCAAGGGAGUGGCACAGGACCACCAAGAUGAGUGCCGCAGGCACCUACGCCUGGAUGGCCCCCGAGGUCAUCAAGUCAUCCUUGUUUUCCAAGGGAAGCGAUGUCUGGAGCUAUGGAGUGCUGCUGUGGGAACUGCUCACGGGAGAAGUCCCCUACCGUGGCAUUGAUGGUCUCGCCGUGGCUUAUGGGGUAGCAGUCAAUAAGCUCACUUUGCCCAUUCCAUCCACCUGCCCCGAGCCGUUUGCCAAGCUCAUGAAAGAAUGCUGGGAACAAGACCCUCAUAUUCGCCCAUCAUUUGCCUUAAUUCUUGAACAGCUGACUGCUAUUGAAGGGGCAGUGAUGACUGAAAUGCCACAGGAAUCUUUUCAUUCCAUGCAAGAUGACUGGAAACUGGAAAUUCAACAAAUGUUUGAUGAGUUAAGAACAAAGGAAAAGGAGCUGCGGUCCCGCGAGGAGGAGCUGACACGCGCCGCGCUGCAGCAGAAGUCGCAGGAGGAGCUGCUGAGGCGGCGGGAGCAGCAGCUCGCCGAGCGCGAGAUCCACGUGCUGGAGCGGGAGCUCAACAUCAUGCUCUUCCAGCUGAGCCAGGACAAGCCCAACGUGAAGAAGAGGAAGGGCAAGUUUAAGAGAAGUCGGUUAAAGCUCAAAGACGGACAUCGGAUCAGUCUGCCUUCAGAUUUCCAACAUAAGAUAACAGUGCAGGCCUCUCCCAACCUGGACAAACGGAGGAGUUUGAACAGCAGCGGUUCCAGUCCACCCAGCAGCCCCACGAUGCUGCCCCGGCUCCGGGCUAUCCAGUUGACUUCAGAUGAAAGCAAUAAGACUUGGGGGAGGAACACAGGCUUCCGACAAGAAGAAUUUGAGGAUGUAAAAAGGAAUUUCAAGAAGAAAGGUUGUACAUGGGGACCAAAUUCUAUUCAGAUGAAAGAAAGAACUGAUUGCAAAGAAAGGAUAAGACCUCUCUCAGAUGGUCACAGUCCUUGGUCAACUAUCUUAAUAAAAAAUCAGAACACCAUGCCCUUGGAUUCGUUGUUUGUGGACCAACCAGGUGCUUGUGAAGAGACAAAACUUCCCCCUGAUGGAUUAGAACACAGAAAACCAAAGCAAAUGAAAUCACCCAGUCCAGCCUGUGUAGAUCUACCUCUUUGGAAAGAUGGUCAGAGAGAGAAUCCCGUAGAAGCUGAAAGCUGGGAGGAGGGCACCUCUGCAAGCUCUCCCACGGGUUCUCCUCAAGUGACUCCUACAAACAGCCUAGGAAGAUCCAUCCAGAGGAAGAAGACAGAGUCAGCUUUGUAUGGGUGCACGGCGCUGCUGGCAUCCGUGGCUCUGGGACUAGACAUUAGAGAGCUUAGUAAAGCACCAGCUGCUGAUGAUCUCUUGCCCAAAGAAGAGAAGAAGAAACGAGAAGGACUCUUCCAGCGGGCGUCCAAGUCUCGCAGAAGCGCCAGCCCUCCCCCAAGGCUGCCCAGCAGUGCACCCUCUCUCCCACCCGCAGCUGCUACCAGCCUUUUCUCUGUGUCUUCUCUCUCCACCAAGUGCUUGCUGCAGCCUGAUGCAGAAGAGCUGUUCGUGGACAGAUCCCCAAGGUGUGACUCCAAGAUACACACUCCAGGUUUUUGUCCUGCUGUUUCUGAAAGUAGCCGUGAGCCAACUCCCACGCCAACCCUCGAGACUGAUCGGAGUGUGUUGAAAACCCUGCCUCCUCCUGUUUUGGAGCAGACGCGUGGGAAUGUGCCUUAUUUUGCUUCUUCAAAAGACAGAGCCUCGUGUCACAGGAGGACUAGGUCUGAGGGGAACCCGCUGCACACCCCGACCAAUGCUGUGAUUAUCUCAGCCCCCAGAGCCUCUGAACUGCCAGUGCACUCCUCACCCAGCCCUCAUGGUGACCCUCCAAGCGAAGUCUCACCUGAGAGACAUGGAGCAGCUGCUGUGCUGCCUCGGCCUCGCCCUGCCUCCCUGAGAAGCUGCUCAGAUGGGCCACAGGCGCCCCCACAGAGGACCGCGUUUCAGCCUGCACAGGACCCUCCAGAACUGGGCCCUGCCUGUUUUCUUGGUGCCAAGGAGAGAACUAAAUUCCAUGUGCCUUGUUACAUGCCUUCCUUACUGGACGCCGACGUGGAAGGCCAGAGCAGGGACUGCACUGUGCCUCUGUGCAGAAUGAAGAGCAAACCUUACCGACCAUCCAUCUAUGAACUGGAGAAAGAAUUUCUAUCUUAAGUGAAGUGCCUUAUGUUGUUCAAGCAUUUCUUCUUUUAAGGUGAACAAAUGAAAACAGUGUAUCUACCUUUAAAUUGUCUCAUGCUGCUGUAUUUUCAAAAGCUGUGGCCAUGUUACUAAAUUAGUAAUGGAAGUCCAACUUCUCAAACAAUGUCCUGGAUGGCUUCUAGCCAUCUAUGUUGUUCUUCCACUGGAUUCUUACCUAGUAACUUGAAACACAGAAAAGUAUAAAACAAGAAGCGUGCAUCCAGGUAACACUGUGCUGUGUGGGGUUACUUUAAGCACGAUAGUAUAGCUCUGCUCUCAUUUGUGUUCUCCUCUGUUUGCAAUAGAAUAGUCACGAGGCUCACCAUGUCUGUCUCCUUCCUUCCAUCUUUCCAUCUCUUUUUAAAAAUGUCCUUUCCUUUCCCUUGUCUUCUUUUCUGUUACUGGUGCAACAGAACACCAAGAAAUCACUAUGGAUUUUUUGACAAAUAAGAUAUUAGUAAAUAAAAGUGUCAACUUGAAAAAUCUAAUGACUGGAAUAGAUACACAUCCUACGUAAAACCCUAAAUUCAGACAUAGGCAUAAAUGCAUAAAAAUUUGUCCCAUUCCCACUUACAUUAUGCAAUAACAUUUCCCUGUUUGAGGAAAUUUUACUGAAUGUAACUUAUACAAUUUUUACUGAAUGUAACUUAUAUGUAUUUUAUGCAUUAGAACUCCAAAAUAGAUGUUAAAAGAUCAGUGGUUAACAUUUGGUUAUGACCAUAUCGUAUGCCUGUGAACACAGCCAAUCCAAAGGUUUUUAUUGUAGAAAGCAGUUUUCCUCUAUCAGAAGCCAUUAUUUGGUAUCCAGAAGUACAAAACGUUUCCAUCCUCUAGUAGAAUUUUUUUCUCUACUUGAAUGCAUAGCUAAUCUGAUAACCCCAAAUAUGCUUAAGUACUGCCAACUCAAGAAACAGCAGAACUGUUAGAAUUUAAGUGUUUUGUUGUUAUUUCACAUUUAAUUUAAUUAUGGAUAAUUGUCUGACAACUGGUAAGAUAAGCUGAAAUGGUAGAAAUGAAAUAUAGAUUUUCAGAAAUGAAUUUAUAAAAUGGAUCUUUGAAUAGCACCUCAAGAUUUUAAAUGAUUUAAGAAUUAUUUAUGAAUCGCUUUUGUAAUCAUACUUAUGUGAUACAAACAGACUACUAGGGUAUUGCUUGGGUUUUCUUUGUUAGAUCUGUUGUGCUUCUCUUCUGUCACUAGAAUAUGGUUAUUCAAAAGACAGGCAGAUAUUUAAAUUUUUCUAUAAGAUGAAACACUGACUGCAUUUCAAACAUUGUUUGAUAUAUCAUUCAAAGUUGUACCUUAGUUAAGUUUUAUUGAGUAACUGCAGUGUCAGCAAUCUUAAAAUAAAUCAGAUAUGAUGAACUAUCUCACUUAUAAUAACAAAAAAAGGGGAAAUCAUAUUAUUUGGCCAUUUUGAAACAUCUUAAUCCCCUAGCAGGAUUGCCCCAGCCAAUGAUGGACAGGCCAUCAAAGACUCCCAUUAACAUUGUGUACUGUGCUCUUAAGAAAAAGAAAAUCCUGUAUUUUGGAUUCCUGCAGCAAAACCUCAGGUACUUAAUACAUUUUGCUGUAUUAUCCUCUGAUUCGGUUUCAUGUUUGAGUAGUUACUGAAUUAAGAUAGUGGAGAUUUGAUUUCCUCAAAACUUUACUGUAUUUGAAAGCAUAGUUGACUGCCUCAUGGUUAGUCAUUUGGAGGCAGGUAACUUCCAACUAAAAGUAAAAGAAAUGUGCGUAUAAUCAAUACGUGAAAGAAAACACAGGGACUAUGUCCUCAGUAUUGCUUCUACCCAAACAUCUCUUGUGUGUGGUGCUUGUUCACGUUUGUGUGUGUGUGUGGGGGGGGUGAGGUGGUGGUAAUCUGUCUUGUCUCUCUCUGUUCUGUUCUUGCUCCCCUUCGGGUGAUUUUAGUGAACUCUACAUUUUGAUGAAUUUAGAAUUGAAUCUGUGUGAAAAAGAUAAUUGCAAUAUGAGGAAUCAGCCUCACAUGUUACUGCAGAUAGUCAUUUUUUAUUGCAAUCUGUUGUACUUUUGUGAUUUUCUCUGUGUGCUGGUAUGCUGAGCAGGAUCUGGUUAUUUAUUUUCGUAGAGAUGUUUUAGCUCACAGAAAGAUCAAUUAAGCUGAUUGCUGUUAGUCUACAAUGGAGGUGCUCCCGCUGCAGAGAUGUAAGGCAUGGGCCUGAUGUGCUGUACUAUGAAGCCUUGUGACUGAAAAAAAUAUGUUUACAUAUGUUGUCUAUUUUUUUAAUAAACUUUUUUUAUAGCUGAUCUGUUCGCUCAGUGGCUUUGAUCUGCUCCUGAUGAUUGUGACUCUAGUUUGUAAUGGUUUAUUUUGUUAUUCAGUAAGGUAAAGUACG